CACAAACACAUUGACUAGUACUGUGGAACGGAAACGAUGGCUGUCCAACGCUCCCUUGAAGUAGUCAGUGGUUCCUGUGACGACGACGGCCAUCUACUCAGAACUGGAACAAUAUGGACGUGCAUCGCUCAUGUAAUAACUGCGAUCAUUGGAUCUGGCGUCCUGUCGCUUGCAUGGAGCACAGCCCAGUUGGGCUGGAUCGCAGGUCCGGUCUCGAUGCUUUGUUUUGCCAUGGUCACCUAUGUCUCUUCCUUCCUCCUCUCCGACUGUUACCGGUCGCCAGAUCCUGUAACGGGAGCACGGAAUUACACUUACAUGGAUGCCGUUAGAGUGAACCUUGGUAGAAAGCAGGCAUGGGUUUGUGGGUUGCUACAAGUUCUGAGCUUCUAUGGGACUGGUAUUGCUUAUACAAUCACUACUUCAACUAGCAUGAGGGCUAUACGGAAAUCAGAUUGCUACCAUGAGGAGGGGCACAAUGCACCAUGUUCAUAUGGAGAUGGUUUUUAUAUGAUGCUGUUUGGAGGAAUUCAGAUUGCAUUUUCUCAGAUUCCUGAUUUUCAUAACAUGGCAUGGUUGUCUAUUAUAGCAGCCAUCAUGUCCUUUUCCUACUCUUCCAUUGGCUUUGCACUUGGGCUUACCAAAGUCAUAGGAAAUGGAAUGAUCAAAGGGAGUCUUGUCGGAGUUCCUGAGUCUACAUCAACUGAAAAAUUGUGGAAAGUCUCUCAAGCACUCGGAGACAUUGCAUUUGCCUAUCCAUUCUCCAUAAUUCUUAUUGAAAUACAGGAUACUCUGAAGUCCCCGCCGCCUGAAAACAAGACCAUGAAGAAGGCGUCGAUGAUCGCAGUUUUCAUCACCACCUUCUUCUACCUAUGCUGCGGAUGCUUCGGAUAUGCAGCCUUCGGUAACAACACACCCGGGAACCUCUUGACAGGGUUUGGAUUCUACGAACCAUAUUGGCUUGUCGACUUCGCCAAUGCUUGCAUUGUUCUUCAUUUGGUGGGAGGAUAUCAGAUGUUUAGCCAGCCAGUGUUUGCAGUUGUGGAGAAAUGGAUUGCACAGAAGUACCCAAACAGUGGAUUUGUGAACAAUCUCUACACAGUCCCAAUCCCAUGCCUACCACCAUACCAAAUCAACCUCCUUAGGAUAUGCUUUAGAACAGCUUAUGUUGUAUCAACCACAGGCAUUGCAAUGCUCUUCCCUUUCUUCAAUCAGGUGUUGGGAGUUUUGGGGGCCAUUAAUUUCUGGCCAAUGGCCAUCUAUUUCCCUGUGGAGAUGUUCUUUGUGCAAAGAAAGAUCGAGCCAUGGACUAGGAAAUGGGAGGUCCUACAGGCUUUUAGCCUUGUGUGCUUGCUUGUGAGUAUGUUGGCCUUGGUGGGCUCCUUUGAAGGCCUUAUUAGUGCGAAGCUAAGCUAAAGAUUUAGGUAGUCUUCUUUUUUUCUUUCUUUUCUUCUUUUCUUUUGUUAUCAUUAGCCAAUGAGAUAAAAUUGGGUUUUUAGUUUUUUUUUUUUAAAAAAUAAAAUAAAAUUGGAUAGAGUUUGAAAAUUAUGGGGUUUUAAUUUGCAAAUAGAAUGCAAUUAGUGGCUAAGUAUUUUGGUUAGCGGUGGAAGUAAAGGGAUUAUCGCUUGGGGCCUGUUUGGGAAGGUUUGGACAGACAGGUAUUGUGGUUUAAUUUGUUUCUUGAAAUUGGCAUAUUGUAAAAUGGGAUUCAUGGUAAGAUUAAUUGUAUUUAAAUCUUUGCUUAUUAGGUGGGUUUUGUCUUAAUUGUAA